CAUUGUUCAUAGUCCUUUGAUUAUUUGAAGUACCUACUUUUUAAUCGCUUCAUUAAUCGCUCCUCAACACCAUGGCCGACACCGUCAGCAACACCACUCCAAGCAGAAACUCAAAACUCACAUUCCGCGAGGUCACCGAAGACAACUGGCGUGCGGUCGCGAACCUAACCGUUAAAGAAGGUCAGAUAGGGAAUCUUGCCUCAAACGUAUGGUCUCUCUGCGAAGCUGCUUACUCCGAAGACGCAUGGGUACGAGCCAUCUACGCCGACGAGACGCUUGUCGGCAUGCUCAUGAUGGCAAUAUGGGAUCCCGAUGAGGCGUACUACAUCUGGCGAUUCAUGAUUGAUGGGCGGUAUCAAAGUCUCGGGUACGGUCGACGUAUUGUAGAGUUCGCGAUUGCGCAUGUACGACAGCACAAUCCUAAAGCAAAGCAGCUGGGUGUCAUGUCAACGCCACCAGAAGGUAAGACGGCGGUAAAUCCGCUCAAGACUGUUAAGCCCGCGGACUCGCCAUUCAAGUUCUAUCAGAAACUUGGAUUUAGACAAACAGCGCCGCCAGACGAAGAUGGUGAGAUUAUGAUGAUGAUAGAUUUGUAAUUAGAG